AUGGCCUUCACCGCGUCAGAUAUCUGCAAAAUCAUCUUCGCCAUCGUCCUGCCGCCUCUCGGUGUUUUCCUUGAGCGUGGUUGCGGAGCCGACUUGCUCAUCAACAUCUGCUUAACGAUUCUUGGUUAUAUCCCUGGCAUCAUCCACGCCCUGUUAGUAUCCUUCUUUUGCAGUCAUUGA